AUGAUCGGCUGGUUAAUUAAGUUCGGUCACACGUUGGGAUUGAAGGGUCGACUGACCCGCCGUCAGCCCAACAUGAAUCUUUCAGUAACGGUAUUCGCUUCAGUGUCAGAUCUCUCACCAACUCUUUCGCGUAUCCUUCCUACACUGCAUGCACAUCGUCUCGGAAUAUCGCUCUAUGACUGCCAGUUCGACUCAGAAAGUGGUGAUCGGGUGCCGAUUCCUGAUCAAGUUAUCGAUAGUGUGGUUGCAGCCCUUAUCAGAUUCAAGCUAGUGUGCAUGGAUCUGGGAGUACAGGAACAGAACAUUCAGGUUGUUGCCACUGAGGCAACUCGCGAGGCAAUUAAUUCAGCAGGGUUUUUUCAAGCCAUCGUAUCCAGCACUGGGCUCCAUCUGCGGCUCUUGAGGAAGGAAGAUGAAGGCCGUAUUGCAAGCGGGUUUUCUGAUAUCGAAGGGCUCAUGAUGAACCUUGGAGAAGACAGUACCCAAAUAACAUAG